AUGGUCGGUGACGAGCGGAAAGCGUUUCGAAAAUCAUCCGUAAUCAGUUCAGUACAGCUGGGUUUAGUGCUGUUCCUUUACUCGAGCUUCUUUUGGCACGGCCUGGUCGGCUGUCUGCCCAGAUUGGCUGUGGCAGUCGAAGGUACUGCGGAAGCAGAGAGUUUGAUCGCAAAACAAAAAAUCGAUUCAGUUAUCAGUGCCCGCAAUGACGAUAUUAUUAAGACUAAGCGGAUGUUGGCUGCAUUUGUGGAUAUGCCGGCAUCGUCGGCAUCAUCAUCAGGUGGUGGCAGGAAACGCAAAAAAUUUAAGCGGUAUCGAGUAGGGGGCGCUUACCAACCGAGUGCAACGGGAUCGGCAAGUGACAACGUUCUAGUUGAGGAUGGGAUAAAUGAGGUGCACAGAAUUAACAUGGCAAAUUCGGUUGAAUCGGAGGAGCUUGAUUGCAUUUUAGGGAAUGCAAAUAAUUAUCUAGGACAUUGGCUGAACAGCAAUGGAACUAUAAACACAGAAAGCAGCAGAGUUCGCGAAAAUUCGUUGGACUUAUCAAAUAACGUAGACUUAGACCUAAUUAGGGACCGAUUUCGACCUUUCUUGAACGAAAAUAUCAGACAGAAACUGAUUUAUUUAUCCAUGGCACGCAAUGGACUCAGCCAACUGCCCGCCUCUGAGUUUUCGCUGAUCAACAGCACGCUGACUCAUUUCUCUGCCAUGGGAAACGUUCUGAAUCCCUUUAGUCUUCCAAGGAUGGAGAACCUACGCGUCUUGGAUUUAAGAUAUUGUGGAUUAUCCUUUCUGCCUGCACAGGCUUUUGUCAAUACUUCGAAUCUUUGGCUACUAUUUCUCUCACACAAUAGUCUAACCGAACUAAACGCUAAUCAACUAAUCGGAUUGUCAGGCCUCCGUCACCUGGAUAUUUCGUACAAUGUGCAAGCAAAAUAUGCCGGAUUCACAGACUAUGGUACUCCUGAUCCGUACAAUUCACUCACCGAAGGACUAAACAUGAGCGAAAACACGUUCACGUGGUUAACCAAUCUAUCGUUCUUAGAUGUUUCACAUACUAAACUGUUGUCGAUAAGCUCGAAAGCAUUCCGUCACGUGGCGGUUCAACAGCUCAGUUUGUGCUACACCGGCAUCGCUAUAAUCGUUGGUUCAAUGAUGAAUGGAUCGCUCAAAGUGUUGGACAUUUCGGGGAAUCCAGGAAUAUCUACGGCUAUUCAUCACGAGCAAAGCGACUCGCGUGGUUUCAAUGUCAAUCUGGAGAUUCUGGUUUGUCAGAAUUCGACAGUGAAACAUCUAGAUUGGUUGAAUGGAAUGAUUAGCCUCCGGGUUUUGCUUCUCGGUACGAACAACAUAAAUCAGUUAAAAAACGGUACAUUUGCUAAUCUGCCCGCACUAGAGAUUCUGGAUCUAAGCAACAAUCAUAUCAGUAACUGGCAUCAGCAGGUGUUUAAGUAUAAUCCUGAACUGUACAUCUUAGACCUUUCCGAAAACAAUAUAAACGUACUGACAACAGAAAUGCUGUACGAUUUUGCCAGUGUUAAUUUUCUUGCCGUUGGACAAAACAGUUUCGUAUGUCAUUGUUUGUUGCGGGAAUUUGUUGAAUUAGCGGCCAAAACUUCGCAAGCCAUAUCGUGUCUACUGCACAAUUUAUUAGGACAUGCCCAGGAUACGUCCGAUAAUUACGAAGAAAUGGCAGAGUUUUUACAGGACUAUGGAUAUUCGGGUUUUAGCAACUCGUUAAUUGGCGGUGAAGGAUCUGCUAGUAGUAUUCAUAAAAGUAGGAAAGUAUUUGAACCUGAUCCACAUUCAAUCACUAAUUUUUCGGAGAAUGGAUCGGUCAGUUUAUCACAUGAAGAACUUAUUCCGAGUGAGGAUGACCUAGCACUUGAACAAGCAGCCAAAGCAACCGAAGAAUAUAAUGUACUUUAUCGUGUAGUUCAAAGCUAUGUCUCAACAAUCUACGAUAGUAAUACCAAGUUUUUGGAAUCGCUUGCAAAGUAUCGACCGGUAUCAUCAACGUCACGAUUUAUUGCUAUUGACUGUAGCAACAGAACCGCAACAAAUGGCGGCCAGCCGGAAUAUGCGAACUCGUCGGAUCCUUUCAAUGGAGCUCAAUUCCAGAUAAUCGAUUUCGAUGAGGAACGAUACAAGUGCAUUGAUCUUGACGAUUCCGAGUUCUACCUGUUCGAACAGGAACGGUGCACCUUUGAUCGAUCCGCCUUGCUGCCUAAUCUACCGUUGCAGAACAGUACAAGCGCAAACAUUGUCAAAUUUAUUUUAAUAUUUUUCGGGUUUGCAUUGGUUGCGUUCAUCAUUUACAUUUCCAAGUGGGAACACAUCAAAUACUUCUGUAUUAUCGUGCGGAAUGCCACAAUAUUAAGCAUGAUGGCUCACAAAGCUGAAUCCAAACGAAGAAGAGAGAGUGAAUCAUCGCCGAACGGCUGCUUUGCGUACGAUGUGUUUGUCAGCUAUUCGGAACAAGAUCGUCAGUGGGUCCUGGAGGAGCUGCUGCCUAAUCUGGAGCAAACGGAAGAUAUCAAUGUGUGCUUGCACGAGCGUGAUUUCAAGGUCGGCAUAAGCAUCUUGGAAAAUAUCAUCUACUGCAUAGACAAUUCACGUGCCCUUUUACUAAUUAUGUCGGAAAGCUUCCUUCUCAGUCAAUGGUGUCAAUUUGAAAUGCACCUCGCGCAACACAGAUUGCUUGAAACCCGCCGCGAGCAGCUGAUUCUCGUUUUGCUGGAGGACAUCCCGAGAGUUAAACGGUCCAAGACCUUGCACUACCUCAUGAAAACCAAAACCUACAUCAUUUGGCCAAAAGAAACGGAAACCGAAGAAAAGCAGCAAUCAAAAAAUCUGUCCCUUAAAAACAGCAAAAAGAGCAAAGCCUCUCGCAAGGAGAAAAACGCGCAAAAUCUGGCAGACGAGCGAAAGUUGUUCUGGAAACGAUUGCGGGAAGCAAUCGAUACCAGCGCCGAUUGGGCACCACAGGCAAGUAGCAACGAGGACGUCGUCGUUACUGCCAGCGAGGAGAAGAAAACUGCUCCUGGAGCAACUGUAGUAGUUGAUGAUUGCCAAAGUAGCGCAGCAUAG